UUUUUUUGUGUGCCAAAAUUUAUUAUCUCUACCUCCCUUAUUGAAGAGUACAUCUUCCUAACCUAAGGCCACUAAUAGAGUUACGAUUACAAGUUUCCAUCUCCUAAAGUCACCCAAGAUGAGGUUCUUCUUGUCUCAAGAUAACAUGGCCCCCCAUACAAUAUCCCUCACUUAAGACAAAAGUUACUGUAAACACACUAUGAAGAAAAAGCAGGAGCCUCAUCAAGAUGAACAACAUGAUGUUGAAAUCCUCAAGGCUGUGGCACAAGCCUGGCAUGGCCAUUCCAGCAGCCGUGGAACCACUGCUGAAUUCGACGCCCACCGCCACAAUUUCAAGAAUAAGCCAUCAAGAUUCAAGCUUGAAGCUAUAAACAAGGCAACCUCCAGGGAAUAUGAUGGCACAAUUAGUAGAUGGGAUUUCAGCCAGUCUCUUUGGGAUUCUUAUGAGAUACUCAAUGUGUCCAAAAAGUUAGAAACUGGGCUAAUGCUGGACCAUCCAUUGGAUGGGUCAAUCCAAAUUGGGCAGAAGCGGAAAGAGAGUAAGAAUAGCUUAAGAAAAUUACUCAAUAAGGUGUCUUCAAGAAGAUAUAAUGAGGCUGAAUCAACACUAGAUAAGGAUGGCUAAUUUCAAGUAGUAAUAUGUAAAAUUUGGUUUCAUUUU